GCCUUUCGGGCACUUAUUUACAGGAAAGAAAAUCUCUGGGGAAAAACAAAUAUUAAAAAAAUAAAUUAAAGGGUAUUUUUCAGUCAUUUUAAAUAUAGUAAAAAAUUAUUCCACCAAAACACUUUCGGACGCCAUCACGCUGCCCUUACAACUCACGAACGAAUGACACAGUCUGAUGAAGAAAACAGACUCAGAGUCUCGUCAGUGACGUCCAAUAAAAUACAUCACAAUAAAAUCCAUCGAUCACGGUUUCAAAUGUUACCUCUCACCAUUACAUUUCAUUUCGUGCUCAAAUACUGCAUGUAAUUUUACAAACGUGUCUACGGAGCUGUACAUUAUCUGCCACCCUGAUUACAUGAUGUCGGUGUAACAUUAACUUCCGGAAAUUACAUUCCGGUGUUAAAACCUUGCGGCUAGUGAUAAAUCUACCCAUUUUAAAGCUGUCCACUGUACGAGCGCAAUGGAUUUUCGUAAAACAAUUUCCACGCUACUGCUGCUGUGGGGAAGUCUACAAGGGUAUGCAAAAAUAUCUACCAAAGUGAUCUCGCUGCAGCAGGUUCUGUACACUGAGCUACAAACGCUGGAAAGAAGUGCCUUGGUUACGCACCCUCUACAGGCAACUCCGGGCGAAAGUGCUUUAGGCCGAUUGCGUACCGUAUUUCACGAAUUCGAACAUCAAAAUCAGGAAAGUAUUACAACCAUUCUGCGCGUGUUGGCAUUGGUUGAUCAUACGCUGGAAAACACCAUACAAGACUGUGAAAAAGUUUUCCAUCUUCCUUCGCUGGACAGUGCGAAUGUGCUGUUUCGUGACGUUACUCGUCCGCUGCUACUGCGCGUUGAGACACUUUGCCAGCAAAUAGCGUCGGGAAGCGUGGACGAGAUAGAAUCGACGAUGGUGACAGUUGAACGGGAAGCAAAUAGCUACCGCAAACGGUUAGAUGAAACUAAGCGCAAUAUGCAGAUUGUAUUGCAUGCGCUAGACAACAGUGUGGAAAUUUUCUCUCUGUCCAACGAGUUUGAUGUGUUGUUUGAGGAUAUAGAGCGAAUAAAUUCAACCAUUCGCGAAUCGAUACUGACAGCAGCGAAUAAUCUGCUCACAAAACAACGGUUAAUCGGUGACGAAAUUCUUCAACUUCGAGGCACAAAUGAUGAUGCCGAUAUGUAUGCAGCUAUCACAAACUUUAUGAAGUUGUUAGACAAUGAAACGGAGCUGUUGGUAGAAGAUCUAGCUGAGCAGUUGAACGAUUGGUUCAAUCAAACAGCAGACAUGUUCAACCUUGUGCAAGAGGAGAUAAGAAACAUUCCGCGCGAACUAAUGGAGUAUCCUAUGGAAAGUUUCCUACAGCAUGAAACUUCCCUCAAAUGUUUGGCAGAAUGCAGCAACCAAAAUGCAGUGGAAAAAAUUCAAGAAAACCUCGAAAGCAUAUUGCAAUGCUUCAACAUUGCUAAUGACACCGAGCGUCCAUUCGAACUGGUGUAUCAUCACCUCAGCCAAACGGCCGAUAAUGUUCAGCUUGUGAUGCAAGAUAUUUUACACUGUCAUCAAAGCACUUUCCGUGACGGGUAUGAUGUGAAUGAUUUGGAAGAUAUACCGAGUUGUUUCGCAUUGGCUCAAUCAAUUUUAGACGCGAUGGAAGAUUUUAUGGAGUCUAGAAUGGACGAAAUCUCCUUUCAUGUCGAUCUUUCGAUGUACUACAAUGAGCUAAAAAUGGAGACAUGCGUUUUUUACAGAGCCCGCGAAAUGAUGCUGAGCGUAUCCUCACUUAAUCAUCAUUACCGAAAGUGUAACAUGGCAAAUGAAAUUGAGUUGUGAAUUUCGAUUAAGGAAAUAAAAAAGCAAGAAUUAUUGCUCGUUGCUUCGAAGGUAAGCGCCUUUGAAAAGAUUGCUUCA